UUCAACGGUCACCAACUUCGAAUUCGAAUACCCCCUUGUUCCUCAAGAUUUCUAAUCUCUGAAACCUUUCUUUCUGCCACACUCUUUCUUUCACUCUCAGAACUUCCGUUAUUACCAAAAGAUUCAAUCCUUAACAUGGAUCAGAUCCAAUCAAACAAUUUUCAGCAGCAAUCACAAGCCCUAACAACAGAGCAUAACGACUCAGUAAUGGAAGAUGCACAAGAGUCCUUGUUCGAUUCAGUAGUAUGCGAUCCCAGUUCAAGACUACUACCAACUGGGCUCACAAGACCUGAAAACUCCGGGGAGGAUUAUGUCAUGUUUGUGAAUGCGGGAGAGGAAGCUACUAAUGAAGCAGACGGUGGACUAACUUUCCUUGGUGACACCUUUUUCGAUGGUGGGAACGUUAUGCGUACCAAUGAGCAAAUAGUGGAGGGUGGAGAUUACCCAUUUAUCUAUCAGUCAGCUCGGUUAGGAAACUUUUGUUACAGAUUUGAUAGUCUUCCUCCUGGAGAUUAUGUGGUUGAUCUUCAUUUUGUUGAGAUCAUCAACAUAAAUGGACCAAAAGGAAUGAGGACUUUCAAUGUAUACAUACAAUGGCAGGUUCUAUCUGAACUGGAUAUCUUUGCAGCAGUUGGAGCUAAUAAGCCACUACAGUUGGUUGACUCAAGGGUUUCUGUGAAAGAUGAUGGGAUAAUCCUCAUAAGAUUUGAAAGUAUAAAUGGAAACCCUGCCAUCAGUGGGAUCUGCAUUAGAAAACCAGGAAAACCAUCUGCUUCACAACUGACAAACGAUUACAUUAAAUGUAAUUACUGUGCAGCGCAAAUCGAAAUUCCCGUGUCACAGAUGAAGGUAUUGCAGACAAAAUCUACUGCAAAGUAUCAAAACAAGAUAAAAGAGCUCACAAUGCAAUGUGAGCUCAAGGCAAAGGAAUGCUAUGAGGCAUGGAUGUCAUUAACUGCAACAAAUGAGCAACUGGAAGCAGUCCAAAUGGAACUUGACAAUGUCACAUUUAAGUCACUAACUACUGAUCAAACUGUGGAGAAACAAGCUCAUGAGCUGAGGAGCAUUUCUAGCAGGUAUGAAGUUGAUAAGAAAAAAUGGACAGAAGCAAUUAGCAAUUUACAGGAGAAAGUAAAGUUGAUGAAGAGUGAUUAUUGUCAACUUUCCCAUGAAGCGCAUGAAUGUGUUGAUUCAAUCCCAGAAUUAAAUAAGAUGGUAUUUGCAGUUCAGGAAUUGGUUAAGCAGUGUGAAGAUCUCAAAGUGAAGUACAAUGAAGAGAUGAUAAAGAGAAAAAAGCUCUUCAAUGAAGUUCAAGAGGCUAAAGGGAACAUUAGGGUUUUCUGCCGCUGCCGUCCCUUGAAUAAGGCUGAAAUAUCAGCUGGCUGUACUACAGUUGUGGAUUUUGAUGCAGCAAAGGAUGGAUGCCUUGGAAUUUUGGCAACUAAUUCCUCAAAAAAAUCAUUCAGAUUUGACAGAGUAUAUACACCAAAAGAUGAUCAAGUUGAUGUUUUUGCUGAUGCCUCAUCAAUGGUAAUCUCUGUAUUGGAUGGCUACAAUGUUUGCAUAUUUGCUUAUGGGCAAACAGGAACAGGAAAGACAUUUACCAUGGAGGGAACAGAGCUGAAUAGAGGAGUAAAUUAUAGGACUCUUGAGCUGUUGUUCGAUGUUAGCAAACAAAGGAGUGAUACAUUUUCUUAUGACAUAUCUGUUAGUGUACUUGAGGUUUAUAAUGAACAAAUCAGAGACCUAUUGGCUACAGGAUCAACAUCAAAAAGGCUGGAGAUAAAACAAGCCUCUGAAGGAUCUCAUCACGUUCCUGGUGUUGUAGAAGCUAAAGUUGAAAGCAUUAAGGAGGUCUGGGAUGUACUGCAAGCUGGAAGCAAUGCUAGAGCAGUUGGAAGUAAUAAUGUUAAUGAGCAUAGUAGUAGAUCUCACUGCAUGCUUUGUAUAAUGGUAAAGGCUAAAAAUUUGCUGAAUGGUGAGUGUACCAAGAGCAAGCUUUGGCUUGUGGAUUUGGCGGGUAGUGAGAGACUUGCAAAGACUGAUGUGCAAGGGGAGCGGCUUAAGGAAGCGCAAAAUAUCAAUCGAUCUCUUUCAGCUCUUGGCGAUGUUAUAUCUGCUUUAGCAGCCAAGAGUAGUCACAUUCCCUAUAGGAACUCAAAAUUGACACAUUUACUUCAAGACUCUUUAGGGGGUGACGCCAAAACAUUGAUGUUUGUGCAAAUCAGUCCAUCGGACCAGGACUUAGGUGAAACUCUUAGCUCACUUAAUUUCGCAACUAGAGUGAGGGGCGUUGAGUUAGGUCCUGUUAAGAAGCAAGUUGACACAAGUGAACUUCAAAAGACAAAAGCAAUGCUUGAAAAAGCAAGGAGUGAUUGCAGAGUGAAAGAUGAAUCAAUACGGAAGCUAGAAGACAGUUUGCAAAGCAUGGAGAGCAAGGCCAAAGGAAAGGAUAGUAUUCACAGAAAUCUACAUGAAAAGAUUAAAGAACUUGAAGGCCAGAUUGAGUUGAAGACAUCCAUGCAAAACCAGUCAGAAAAACAAAUUUCUCAGUUGUCAGAGAAAUUAAAGGGAAAAGAGGAAACAUGCACUACUCUCCAACAUAAGGUCAAAGAGCUAGAGAAAAAGAUGAAAGAACAAUUGCAGUCAGAAACAGCAAGUUUUCAACAGCAGAUCAAGGAGCUGGAGAGAAAACUUAAAGAGCAGAAAGAGAGCUCGGAGUCCUUGCUUCGGCAGCAGAUCAAGGAGCUUGAGACAAAGUUAAAAGAGCAGGAACAGAGCUCGGAGUCCUCGCUUCGUCAGCAGAUGAAUGAACUAGAGAAGAGGUACAACGAGAGAGAACUGCAGUGGCAACAACAACAACAACAAACUCAUUGUUUUGUUGAAGCCGGAAAGGCCACACCCGAUGUAGGUAAAAGCCGCAUGAGCGGCGGUGAAUAUCCAAGUGAGAGUGAGGCUCGCAUUUUAAAGAGUUCAAACUCAGUAAACCCCCCAACAAGUCAAGCUUCUACUAAUCAGAUAAGGAGCAAGAGGGAGUUUAGAGGCAAUGAAGCAGAGAACAAUUAUGGCAUACCAACAUCUUUACAUGACAGAAGGGUGACAAGGAAAUCUGAUCCACCAAGGGUAGCUAGGGUUGUGAGGCCAACAACAAAGCCAGUGAUUGCUGCUCAAGCAGCCCCAGUGUCUCAUAAGAGAGCUAGCACUAGUAGGGAUCAGGUUCAAGGAAUUAAAGAGAGGGAAACUAAGAAGAAAAUUUGGUCAAGAUAGGAUACCAAACUCAAAAAGGAGUCUACUUGCUCCUGCCCCUGUGUAAACAAUUGAAUUGUUAUGUUUGUUGUUUGUGUGUGUGAUUAAUUUCUUUUUUCUCUUUUCCUUCAAUGUAGACUUGAGGAAGGAUUGAGUUCAAACAAAGUACAUUAAAAAUACUCUGUAUUUGGAAUAUUCUUUUAUAAGAAGAAAUAGUAUUUGGUA